GUUGUUCACUGUUUUGGUCCCCAAAAAGUCAUUUGAUUUGUGUUUUCAUUUCAUAAUUCAUUAAAUCAUUGUUUAAUAAAAUAUGGGAAAAGUGGCCAAAAAGAGGCGCUCAUUGGCUGCCGAAGCGAAGAACCGUAACAACGAGUCCAAUGAGACAAAUGUCGUGGUUUUGGAUGCCGUCAGAUAUUCAGACGAACCGCCGCUUAAGAGAAAUAAGUGGAUUAACAAACAGCGAGUGCUUGUGUUGGCCACACGUGGCAUCACUUAUAGGGACAGACAUCUGAUGAAUAAUAUCAAGCAAUUGCUUCCGCACUCGAAGUCUGAGCCGAAGAUGGAGUCGAAGGACUCGACUCUUGUGGUGAACGAGAUCUGCGAAAUCAAGAAUUGCAAUAAAUGUCUCUUCUUUGAGAACCGGAAGCGCAAAGACCUCUAUAUGUGGGCAUCAAAUGUGCCGAACGGACCGUCGGCUAAGUUCUUGGUUGAGAACAUCCAUACGAUGCAAGAAAUGCGAAUGACUGGCAAUUGUCUCAAAGGCUCGCGACCUCUCCUCUCAUUUGAUCCCUUAUUUGAUAAACAAAUCCAUUAUUCACUUCUCAAAGAGCUCUUCGUUCAGAUUUUCGGAGUCCCAAACAAUCACCCGAAGAGUCAACCUUUUUAUGAUCACGUCUUGACGUUCAAUAUUCUUGAGAAUAAGAUAUGGUUUAGAAACUAUCAGAUCGUCGAAGAGGACGGCUCUCUGUCAGAGAUUGGGCCGCGUUUUGUGUUAAAUCCCAUUAAAAUAUUUGACUCGAGUUUCGGCGGAAGAAUUCUCUACAGUAAUCCUCAUUACGUGUCUCCCAAUAGACACCGACGAGAGCUGAGGAACAAUACGUCCGAUAAAUACAAAGACAAAUACUCAGCCAAGAAGAGCAAAGAGCUGAGACAACCUCUGGGAACCGCUUAUGUGGACGUCGACCAAUACGACGACAUCUUCGAUACGAUAGCGCCAGAGAAGGCCAAAGGAAUGGCCAAAAACGUGUUUCAGAGGAACAAGAGUUGAAUAAAAACAAAUGUUAAGUAAAUUUAGGUUUCAAUCAAAAAAUUGAUUUUAUUUUCGAAAUAAUAAAGAAACGAUUUUUCGUCAUUAA